AUGGCAGAUGAGGAGACUCUUCCGCCUGCACAGACUGAGGAAGAGCUUGAAUCCAGGCAUGAGAAGGAGACCGCGGAGCUGGAAGAGCGUGCAAAGGCACAUGUGGACAAAGUGAAGGAGACCGCCGGUAAGGGCAAGAAGGCCAAGCAAGCCAUCGAGACGGCGGAGCGAGAGGUGGAGCAGUGGCUGUACGAGCUCCAGGAGCGCCAGAAGGAGGAGCUCGAGGAGCUCACGGAACGACUCCAAGGCCCGAAAGAGGCCGAGGCCGCGUCUCAGGCCGCCGAGCCGGAGGUCCCGGAGGAGCAGAACCCCGAAGAUGACGAGGCGGAGCGCGCCCGGAGGAAGAAGGAGAAGGCGCAGAAGAAGCGCCAAAACAGGGCCGACAAGGAGGCUCAGAAGGAGGCUGAGAAGGAAAAGGAACGAAGAGAGGCCGGACCCUCUGCCCGGGAGCUGGAGCUCGAAUCACUGGCCGCAGCGCUCUCGGCGCAGAAGCCGGCUAUGAAGAUUCAUGAGAUCCCUUCCGACGGACAUUGCCUCUACCGCUCGGUGGCAGACCAGCUGCAUCGGUUCCGGCCCGACCUGCAUGACUUCAGUGGGCCUCCGGACCAGAUGUACAAGGAGGUCCGCAAGCUCUGCGCCGCCUCUCUGCGAGGCCACGUGGAUGGCUACGCGCCCUUCGCCGAGCUCAAGGAGGGCGAAGAUUUCGACGGCUACUGCCACCGAGUGGAGAGCUCCGCCGACUGGGGAGGCGAACUCGAGCUCCGGGCCCUGGCAGACAAGCUGAAGGUCCGCAUUCACGUCUUCCAGGCUGGCGCCGACAAGCCUCUGGUCCUCGGCGACAGCCCGCCGGCGGGGCCACUGCGGGUGAGCUUCCACCGCCACUACUAUGCCCUCGGUGAACACUACAACUCGGUUGUUCCUUCCUGA